UUCAAAAUUCCUUCUUCAAGAAGAAACACCCAUAGAGGAAGAAGACAUUAAACAAAACAAAUUAUAAAACUGUAUGUAUAGUUUAUGUUUUUCAUAAAAUAGGAAAGAGGAUGAAUGUUCUUCAUUCUACCAGCUGUUUGUUUUUUGCUGGGAGAUCAUGAGUAGAACAAUAAAGGUGAGAAUGGCUGCCAUAUUUUUCAGCGAUUGCUCUGAAGAAGCCAGUGGUAGCGGCAAUGCUUUGCUAGCAGAGCACGAAAACCCUGAUGUGAAUGGGGUAACUCGAUCAUGGAAGAUUAUUCUAAGUACAAUGUUUACAUUGACUUUUCUUCUUGUAGGACUCCUAAGUCAUCAGUGGCUUAAAGAAACAGAGGAUCCUCAGAAAUCCAGACGAUUAUAUGCCAUAAUUGCAGAAUAUGGUUCAAGGAUUUAUAAAUAUCAGGCCAGACUUCAUAUGUCUAAAGAACAACUGGAACUUUUAAAGAAAGAAAGCCAGACUUUGGAAAACAAUUUUCGUGAAAUUCUAUUUUUGACUGAACAAAUAGAUGUCCUGAAGGCAUUGCUUAGAGAUAUGAAGGAUGGUAUGGACAAUAAUCACAGCUGGAGCACCCAUGGAGACCCUGCAGAGGACCCAGACCACACGGAGGUCCUGGACGAGGAAAUGUCAAACCUGGUUGAUUACGUGCUUAAAAAGUUGAGGGAGGACCAUGUCCAGAUGGCUGAUUAUGCCCUGAAGUCGGCUGGAGCCUCCAUCAUUGAAGCUGGGACCUCAGAAAGUUAUAAAAAUAAUAAAGCAAAACUGUAUUGGCAUGGGAUAGGUUUCCUAAAUCAUGAAAUGCCUCCAGAUACUAUUCUUCAGCCAGAUGUCUACCCUGGAAAGUGCUGGGCUUUUCCAGGUUCCCAGGGUCAUACUCUAAUCAAGCUUGCUAGGAAGAUCAUACCUACUGCCGUUACCAUGGAGCACAUCUCAGAGAAGGUGUCUCCCUCAGGAAACAUCUCCAGUGCACCCAAGGAAUUUUCUAUCUAUGGCAUCACAAAAAAAUGUGAAGGAGAAGAAAUUUUCCUAGGUCAGUUUAUAUAUAACAAAACAGGAACCACCAUACAAACAUUUGAACUCCAGCAUGCAGUUUCUGAAUAUUUAUUAUGUGUGAAACUUAACAUCUUCAGCAACUGGGGACACCCGAACUAUACUUGUUUAUAUAGAUUCAGGGUCCAUGGCAUACCAGGCUCCCACAUCUAGAAGAGUUGGUGCAGAAGACCGUGCCACACUUCCAGAAUGUUCAAGAACACUUAUUCUCUUAGAUGAUACCGCACCCAUAGGAAUUGAGAAUUGGGAGUGGGAAGAAAACCUCAAAGUGGUUCAUACUUGCCUGUAAAAGUAAAUGAAUUUUACUAAUAAAAAAAUAUGGAA